AUGCGGUUUGUCAAUCCAUCAAGUGCAUCCACCCUUUUUGGAGGCAAGACAGUCUUUGGAGGUGAUCUCAGACAGAUAUUGCCUGUUAUUCCAAAAGAAAGUAGACAAGAUAUUAUUUUUGCAACAAUAAAUUCUUCAUAUCUUUGGAGAUAUUGUAAAGUUUUACGGUUGACAAAAAAUAUGAGGCUUCAAAAUAUGGGUUCCAGUGUUGAAGCUAUGGAGUUGGAAGAGUUCUCUAAAUGGAUUGCGAGCAUAGGCGAUGGAACAAUUGGAAGUGCAAAUGAUGGUCAUGUCAACAUUGAUAUUCCGCCAGAUUUGUUUAUAAAAUGGUCAGGAGAUCCGAUCAAACACAUUGUUAAUACAAUUUAUCCAUCAUAUUGUGCUGAUAAUGUAGAUACAAGUUAUCUACAAGAAAGAGCAAUACUCGCUCCAACUAUUAAUGCUGUUGAAUCUGUAAAUCAAUAUAUGAUUUCUUUAAACAAGACUGAAGGACAGUUAUACAGAAGCUCAGAUUCAACUUCUAGAUCAGAUUCAGUCACUAAUUUGGUGCAACAGGUUCAUACUCCAGAAUUCUUGAAUGGCAUCAAAUAUUCAAGGGUACCAAAUCAUGAAUUAUAUUUGAAGGUGGGAACCCCAGUUAUGUUGUUGAGAAACAUCGACCAUGCAAAUGAAUUGUGCAACGACACGCGAUUGAUGAUAACAAGACUUGGUUAUCAUGUUUUGGAAGCGCAAAUUCUUACAGGAGAUAAUGCAGGUCAAAAAAAUUUGAUUCCAAGAAUGUCACUGACUCCAGCUGAUCCGAGAUUGUCUUUUAAGUUUGAUCGACGACAAUUCCCUCUAAUCGUCUCUUAUGCUAUGACAAUCAACAAAAGUCAAGGUCAAUCGUUUUCUCAUGUUGGUUUAUUCUUGCCAAAACCAGUUUUUACACAUGGCCAAUUGUAUGUUGCAGUAUCAAGAGUACGAAGUCGAGAAUGA